ACAGGGUGUCAUGUCGAUCUGGGGCGAAACUUCUCGUUCAAUGGUCGUAUCUCUUCCUUCCUGAUGUUCUUCAUCCAUGCGAGGAUUCACCAUGGAAACCCACAGUGAGCGCUGGUGGACACCGAGACUGGAUCCUGGAUUGGGAACAGAGAGUCUCAUGGAUGUGUAGUAAACGGCUUCCCUUUUUUGUCGCCAACUUGCUGGGCCCUGUCUUUGCAGACAUCAGGAAAAACAAAAGGCGUGUAGCUUCUCGAAGUGCCAAAGCGCCAAUGCCACGAACAUGCAUGCAAGAUCUAAACAUGCGCCAUGACAAUCAAGUGGCGACUUCGGAUCUGAUCUCAGGAUUGGACGUUACCCGACACGUUUCAAGCGACCCAAGCGCAAUGUUCUUAGAGCGCCGGUUGCAUUAAAACCCAAAAGGAGUACUAGCCUAGUUUUCAUAGCGUUUUUCACAAUCCAACGCCCAGAAUGCCUCGAAACCGGGCUUUCUCUGAGCCGGAGUAUUCUGCGGAGUAUUCGGCGGACUGUUCGGUCACCCUGCCCUCUGACCCGGGACAGGCCGUGGGACGCACACACGAGGUGACCGUACGCAGCUCCGGCUGCUGCCUGUGUCUCCCGCGGUUCAUGCGUUUAACUUUCGCUCCAGACUCUCUGGAGAACCUCUACCAGACGUAUUUCCGGCGGCAGCGGCACGAGACCCUGCUGGUGCUGGUGGUGUUCGCCGCCCUGUUCGACUGCUACGUCAUCGUGAUGUGCACCGUGCUUUACUCCAGCGAUAAGCUGGCGUCUGUGGUCGUGGCGUCGGUGGGACUGCUAGCAGACGUGCUCUUGUACGUGUUGUGCCGGUUCGGUCUUCUCCCCGACCGCGUGACCCGCCGCCUGGUGCCCUACGCCUUAUGGGUGCUCAUAGCGGCCCAGAUCUUCUGUUACCUCGGACUGAACUUUGCCCGCUUCCAUCAGCCCAGUGAUACUGUAGGCUGGCAGGCUUUCUUUAGCUUCUCCUUCUUUCUGACGCUGCCGCUGAGACUGACCCCUAUAGUUCUGAUCACGUCUGUGUCCUGUGGCGUACACACACUGGUCCUCGGCGUCACCAUUGCCCAGCAGCAGCAAGAGGACAUUCAGGGGGCGGCUCUCGGAAGACAGCUGCUGGCCAACAUUGUGAUCUACUUAUGUGCCAUCACAGUGGGCGUCAUGUCGUAUUACAUGGCCGACCGCAAACACCGCAAGGCCUUUCUGGAGGCCCGGCAGUCGCUGGAGGUGAAGCUCAACCUGGAGGAGCAGAGUCAGCAGCAGGAGCGUCUCCUGCUGUCCAUCUUGCCCAAGCACAUCGCAGACGAGAUGCUUCAGGACAUGAAGAAAGAAGCCAGUCAGAAAGAGAUGCAGCAGUUCAACACGAUGUACAUGUAUCGGCAUGAGAAUGUCAGUAUUCUGUUCGCAGACAUCGUGGGCUUCACACAGCUGUCCUCGUCCUGUAGUGCGCAGGAAUUGGUUAAGUUGCUUAACGAAUUGUUUGCCCGUUUCGACAAGCUAGCAGCUAAAUACCACCAGUUGAGGAUCAAGAUUCUCGGCGACUGCUAUUACUGUAUUUGUGGCCUUCCAGAUUACCGCGAUGACCAUGCGGCCUGCUCCAUCAUGAUGGGCUUGGCUAUGGUUGAGGCCAUUUCAUAUGUCCGAGAGAAGACGCAGACCGAUGUGGACAUGCGUGUCGGGGUGCAUUCUGGGACAGUCUUGGGCGGGGUGCUCGGACAGAAGCGCUGGCAGUAUGAUGUGUGGUCUACUGAUGUGACGGUGGCCAACAAGAUGGAGGCAGGAGGAAUACCAGGGCGAGUGCACAUCUCCCAGAAUACCCUGGAGUGUCUGCACGGGGAGUUUGAUGUGGAGCCAGGGAAUGGCGGAGACCGCUGUGAAUACCUGAAGGAAAGGGGCAUUGAAACAUACCUGGUGCUGGUGCCCAAGGGACCCCUGGGCAAGAAUGGCAUCAAUGGAGUCAAGCUUUCGGUGACGUCAUCGAACGGGAACUCUCCACUACUGAUCAACACCAAGGAGUGCAACGGGAGCGUCCACACGGCGUGCACCACACCGGAGGAUCCAGAGGAGCUGGACACACGGGUGGUGAACCCCUCGUUCCCAAACCCGCGGCGUCGGUUACGUCUGCGUGAUCUGGCCGAGAGAGUGAUCGACGCUCAGGAGAACGAACAGGAGCUCAAUAAACUCCUCAAUGAAGCUCUGCUGGAGAGAGAGACCGUACAAGCGCUGAAAGGGAAGUACACUAAUCUCCUGUCUCUGCGCUUCACCGACCCGGAGCUGGAAACGCGGUUCUCGGUGGAGAAGGAGAAGCAGAGUGGAGCCGCUUUCAGCUGCUCGUGUGUAGUGUUGCUCUUCACUGCGGUCAUGGAGGCCCUCAUUGACCCCUGGUUGGUCGCAAACUACGUGACUCUGGCCGUGGGAGAAGUCUUGCUGCUCAUUCUUACUAUCUGUUCGCUGGCAGCCAUUUUCCCACGGGUUUUUCCAAAGAGAUUGGUGUCGUUCUCCACUUGGAUUGAUCACACGCGCUGGGCUCGCAACACGUGGGCCAUGGCAGCCAUUUUCAUUGUCACAAUGGCCGACAUAGUGGAUAUGUUAAGCUGUCGGGUUCCUCAGCCCUCCACCAAUGAGGCGACCGCAGUCCCUUCAGUCUCAGCGCCCGCCAGGAACUGUUCGGAGAAUCCCAAAUACUACAGCUACGUCGCAGUCCUGGCUCUCAUGGCCACCACCAUGCUGGUGCAGGUCAGCCACAUGGUCAAGCUCACGCUCAUGCUGCUGAUCACUGGAGCUACAGGUGUAGUCAACAUCUACAGCUGGACGGACAUCUUCGACCGCUACGAUCUGGCUCGGUUUAAGGAAUACAGACUUUAUCUCGUGCCCUCCAAAUACACGAUGAGUGUGAUGAUCUUCGUCAUGAUGGUCAGCUUCUACUACUUCUCCCGACAUGUGGAGAAGCUUGCACGCACACUGUUCCUGUGGAAGAUUGAAGUGCAUGAGCAGAAGGAGAAGGUGUACGAGAUGAGGCGCUGGAACGAGGCUCUGGUCACUAAUAUGCUUCCGGAUCAUGUGGCCCGACAUUUCCUGGGCUCCAAGAAGAGGGAUGAGGAGCUCUACAGCCAAUCCUAUGAUGAGAUUGGAGUCAUGUUCGCCUCCAUCCCAAACUUCUCUGAUUUCUAUACGGAGGAAAGCAUCAACAACGGCGGGAUUGAGUGUCUGAGGUUCCUCAAUGAAAUCAUUUCUGACUUUGAUAGUCUUUUGGAUGAGCCACAGUUUCGCUUUAUAACCAAGAUCAAGACUAUUGGCAGCACCUACAUGGCAGCAUCAGGAGUCACUCCAGACAAUAACACCAACGGUUAUGCUUGCAUGAAGAAAGAAGAAGUUUCAGACAGGGAACGGUGGCAGCACUUGGCAGAUCUUGCUGAUUUUGCUCUGGCCAUGAAAGUCACGUUGAUGAACAUCAACUACCAGUCCUUCAAUAACUUCAUGCUUCGCAUCGGGUUGAAUAAAGGGGGCGUUUUAGCUGGUGUUAUUGGUGCCCGUAAACCUCAUUUUGACAUCUGGGGAAACACUGUGAAUGUCGCCAGUCGCAUGGAGUCCACAGGGGUGAUGGGAAACAUCCAGGUGGUGGAGGACUGCUACUGCAUCCUGAAGGACUACGGCUUCCGCUUCGUGAGGAGGGGACCGAUAUUUGUCAAGGGGAAAGGAGAGCUGCUCACCUAUUUCUUAAAGGGACGUGAAAAACAAGGCUCCUUCAUUAACGGCUCUUUUGUCACCCUACCGCACCAAGUGGUGGACAGCUCUUGACCAACACGCACACACACACAAACACACACUGUCGUACUCUUCAAACUUGCUCGCGCAAACCUCACGUCAUACCUCUUCUGCCGAGUACAUGUGCUCCAGUAAUUAGUACUUUCAAAUGUGUUUUCUCUAUUUAUUAGCCUGAGGAAAGAAAUUUUGGCGGGAAAUGAGACAGACUGUCUGUUUAUAUAAGAGAAGUACUAUAAAAUAUACGUUUUGAAAGUGUGCACAGCCACGAAUGAAUGAAACAAAAGUUGAAUGAUUUUAAUAGGCUGCUGAAGUGAUAAACAGUUUGAGAGGAGGUUGUUUUUAAACUCAUACCGCACAGAAUACAAUGAACUCUACUGUAUAUUACACAAUGCGCUGCUCAAAGGAACCUAUUUUUGUUGUUCUUUCAUUUGAAAUCCUUUUAUUAUUUAAUCCUUUAUUAUUUAAAGAUUACCCUGACAUGUCCAGAUAACUGAAUGUUGUUUGCAAUUGAAAAGCUACUCUGAAUGCCUGCGUAGGAAAGCAUACUGACUGCCUUUGCAUAGCGUGUGUGUGUGUAGACAUGCAUUUCUAUAGUCUCUAGUCACCUUUUCUUUAUUUGUUGAAUUUAUAAUGGAUAAACAUGGGGUUCUAAAGUCUGAGGCCACAUCAAAUCAUGGGUUUUAUUCAGUUCAACCCUGGAAUAGAGUUCUAGGAUU